AUGGCCUCCCCACGCUACUCUCACCGCACUCGACGAGAUAGACUCAGCAUCAACGUCAUUCCUGUACAGUCGCGCGAUGCUGAACCUCAGACCCCAUACCUACAUUGGCUCUUUGGCGAGAGCAGCGAGGCGGAUGUCCACUCACGGCUAGUUGAAGACAAUCCCGAUGACGUGGAAGAUGGCACUGGCUACAGCAAAGCAGAUGCCGUGAUUAUGAAGGAGACCUACCUCCCUACAACUAGCCAACUGCUUGCGCGACUGAAAGAUCCGGACUCCUCUUCGCCUCGUGGCCCCGAUGGUGCCCCAGCUUUCGACGCCCUCGUUCAAGCGAUCGCAUUACAGCUACUGGCAUCGUGCUACACCAUUCUUCCUGCAUCGAGCGCCAGUCACCUGCCGCUGUUCCAGCAGCAGACCAGCAGGAAACUCGUAACUGCCCUUCGUGCGCAUACCUCAUACCGUCUUGCACCUGCGGCUGGACACCAGGCUCGCGCUCCGUCAGAAACUUCUCCAUGGCCCGGACUCUAUGCUGGACCAGAGCCGGAGGAGACUUUGGCAGAAACUGUGAGCAAGCGGCGCCGCUCUGUAAAACACAGCAGCGAGUAUGUUCCAAGCCUUGCAGCAAGCGGAUGGGCAGAUGGCACUAACGAAACGUCUCGACGAAGACCCAGACGCCCACCCUGCUCAUCUCUCGAGGUUGGCAUCUUCGAAAGACUGACGUGCCAGCCAUCGACACCUAGAAAUCCUCACCGCAAGCACAACGCCAUUUUCUCGAGGAUUCUGUUCUGCAGCAAGAGGAAGGGGAAGUGCAGUGCUCCGGACGGGCCUCCACGCACAAAGUCGGACCAAAGAAUUGCCACACAGGCGGUACAGCGAAUUCCAUCCAUCAUGCGCCUUCGACACACGCAAUCGAAUCCUCGCGCGAGGCAAGCUCUGACUCCUGAACAGCCGACAUCUGAUCGGAGCCCCAAGGGUGUCCGGAGCAGCAGCUCCGAUCCUUCGAUUGGUAGUAGGUUGCGGUAUGAUUUCGACAUUCCCGACAUUCGCAGGGUAUCGGCCACGCCGAACGCCAGCCACAGAGCCAACAGCUCGUUUUCGAGUGGAGGACCAUCGCCUUUCAGCGCACCGCUGUUUGAAGCCGAGUAUGGGUAUUUCAACAUGGCCAACGCCGCGCUCCUCCAGGACGACGAAGGCCGCGAGCAAGACGCCGACGGGAAAGAACCUCGCUUCUUGGCAGUCACGCACGAUGACCUGGGCUUCGACAGGCACGAUGACCUGGGCUUCGACAGGCACGGUGACCUGGGCUUCGACACGAACGGACAGACGGCAGCGGAUCGAAAGAACGACACGAAUUUUGGCACGGAGACGGGGCACAACUCGCAAGAGCGGCCCGCUCCUGCACGCGCUGACGGGGCCGUGUGGGAUGACGAUUACGGACCAGGUGAGCACGGUGGAGGUGUCUAUGCAGUAUCGGACCCGCGGUGCAGGCGCAACAUGGCCAAGCAGCACGAUUGCAGUGACGACUCGAGCAGCGACUCGUCUCUGGGGCCUGGCGGCCAGGGCAUCCAGGGACUGGUUAGGAGAGCGCGGCGGCGCAGGAGCGUCAAGUACCCGGCUGGGGAAUUCGAUAGCGAGCUUGCGAAGAAGUUUGGUGUGGCUGUGCAGGAUGGGGAGACGGAGGGGCAGGGGGCGACGGGGAUGGAGGGGGGAGGGUGAGUUUGUGAUGCUGGCGAAGUCUUGUUGUGAGAGUCUAGUUAAUGGCAAAGAGGGGUUAUGGCGUGAUGAGUUUACGAUCCUGUCGCAGUCGUCUGAGUAUAGUCAAUGGCAAAGAGGCGUGCGUGUCACGUGAGUCCAGAAAUCGGUAGUUGGACAUGAGUGGAAAGCUACAUGCUCGCGCGCUGGCUUGUGAAGCGGCUUCUCUCGGCUCUCCUGCAUCGUAAUAAUACACAAUAUGACAUGCUCCCCCGCGCUUGUUUUUUUCUUCUCUACUGCUUCGCGCGCUUCUCCUUGUCGCUCGUCGUCUGGCUGACGUUGAGACCCAGGCCGUCGGAGUCGAGGUAGACCUUGUUGGCCGACUGCUGCAGGAUCUGGGCAAUGUUCUUUGCGUUCUC